GGCAUGGGCGGGUUGGGGACCGCCCUCGCCUUCGCCAAAAAGGGGUUCAAGAACAUCGAUGUCUUCGAGACGGCGUCGAAUCUGGGCUUCGUCGGCGCUGGCAUCCAGAUACCGCCCAACGUUGUUCGCGUGCUUGACCGUCUAGGUUGCUGGAAAGAGAUCUACGCCGAGGCAACAAACGUCCAGGGGACCAGCAUCAGGCGUAAGACGACUACUCCGAGUCGACCCUAAACUAGCUCGAGGGGGGCUAAUCGUAUGAGCAGAGGGAAGCACGAAUAUCGAGCUCUCACACGUGCGGAUGCCGGACAUCGAAGAGAAAUACGGGUUCCCCCACUGCACGGGGCACCGGUCGUCGCUCGCGGGCGGCCUGUACGAGGGGUGUAAGAAGGAAAGCGCCAUCAAGUUCCACUUCUCGACGGCGCUGGUGCGGGUGAACUCGUUCGCGGGCAAGCCGACCAUCACGCUCAAGCCGCGGGGCGGGGACGAGUACGCGCUGGAGGCGGACAUGGUGCUGGCGUCGGACGGGGUCAAGUCGGUGACGCGCACGCAGAUGCUGGCGGAGCUGGGCACGGAGUCGGAGGAGGAGGACACGGGCCAGGCGGCGUACCGCAUCAUGCUGGAGCGGGCGCAGAUGGAGCACGACCCGGAGAUGCUGGCGCUCAUCGAGAGCGACACGGUGGUGCGGUGGGUCGGGGAGCGCCGCCACAUCAUCGCCUACCCCGUCAGCAACAAGCAGAUCUACAACCUGUCGUCGGCGCAGCCCGACACCAACUUCGCGGCCGCCACCAACGCCACCUACACGACCAAGGGGUCCAAGGCGGCCAUGCUCGACGUGUACGGCGACUUCUGCCCGCUGGUGCACCGCAUGCUCGACCUGGUGCCGGACGGCGAGGUGUGCGAGUGGAAGCUGCGCGUGCACAAGCCGCUGCCGACGUGGGUGCACGGGUCGGUGGCGCUGCUGGGCGACGCGUGCCACCCGACGCUGCCGCACCUUAGCCAGGGCGCGGCCAUGGCGAUCGAGGACGGCGCCGUGCUGGCCGAGGUCGUCAGCAGGAUCCCCGCGGACAAGACGCACGACCCCGAGGCGGUAUCCAGGACGCUCAAGGUGUACGAGCUGCUGCGCAAGCCGCACUGCAGCGCGCUGGUCGACAUGGCCGCGCACUCGGGCCGCAUCCUGCAUCUCGGGGAGGGCAAGGCCAAGGAGGCGCGGGAUCGCGAGUUCCGCCAGAACGGCAAGUCCGGCUCCGUGCCCGACAAGUGGGCGAGCCCGGACGUCCAGAAGAUGAUCUACUCCAACGACUGCGUCCAGGAGGCCAUUGGCAACUACGACCGGCUGUUUGCCACGUUGUGAGGGCGUUGGAGGGCGG